AUUGAUGAGCUUCCAGAGGGAGCUGUCAAGCCGCCCGCCAACAAGUACCCCAUCUUCUUCUUUGGGACUCAUGAAACUGCGUUCUUGGGCCCGAAGGAUCUUCUGCCCUACAAGGAGUAUAAAGACAAAUUUGGCAAGUCCAACAAGAGGAAAGGCUUCAACGAGGGCCUGUGGGAGAUCGAGAACAACCCCGGAGUGAAGUUCACAGGCUAUCAGGCCAUCCAGCAACAGAGUUCAUCAGAAACAGAAGAGGGCGGAAACGCUGCUGAUGGCAGCAGUGAGGGCGAGGAGGGCGACUCUGUGGAGGAGGAAGACGACAAGGAGAAGCUGAAGGGAGACAAGACCGGAUCCAAACGGAAAAAGACGGCCGCCUCCAAGGUACUUUACCUCUGCCGGUUAACCCACGAAUACGGGAUCAAUGAGGUCACGAUGCAGAGGAGGGCAGAUCAGUUUUUUAGUGUACGUCCAGUUUUCUUCAAAACAAAAUAUGAGUAA